GUUCUCGUAGCCGAGUAGGUACUUGCGGUACCACGCCGGUGCUCCACAAGUGCCUACGACCUGAUCCAGACUGCCUGAGUCCAUAUAAACCUGCGUGAAGAGCAUGUGAUUCCCCGACGUCAUGGCCUUCUCCAAAGCGCUCAGAUACAGUUCUGCAGAACAUCAGUCGGUCACAGUAUAAGGUACUACAUCCAGCACCAUCACAACCUUGGAGCACGCACCUCUCUCAUCGUUGCUAUAUGCCGCCCAGCUCUUUCGCACUCGCGUGGCUUUCGCGUUCGCCGUCGCUGCCAGCACAGCAAGCACCAGCAGCACGCGCACAACCAUCACUUGGAGUCGCCUCGGUAUUCGACAAAGAGCAUCUGACUCUUUGACUGGCUAUCUGUACCCUGACUUUGGUACAUAAUGUAUUGUACAUCAUAUUGUGGAAACGAUGUGUAACGCCUCUCUACCCCAUCGAAAAGACUGGUGCCAAUUGUGCGAAGAGCUCAGUUGGAUAUCUUUCCACGUGUGCGCACUUGAGAGCAACAUGACGACUACGUUCGACGACCGCGCGGCACUGGAGGAGGCAAUCGAGUCGUGCUCGGUCACUGUGCGUGAGCUGCAGGAGAAGAUGCGCAACAAAGACGACUCUGUUGCCAUGGAGGACAUCAAGAAGGAGGUCAAGAAGCUCGUGGAUCUGCGCAAGGAGCUCCAGGACUGGACGCAGAAAGAGGAGCAAGAAGAAAACAACCAGGACGAAGAAGAGACUCCUGAGACGAUCGAUGCUGAGGAGGAGCUGGAGGAGCGCGCAUCUGAUCUCGAGAGCCGUGUGGCCAAGACCGACGACAAGUUGACGACGCUGGAGACCGAAGUGACGCAGAUUGAACGCACGAAGAAGGCCAUGAAGUAUCUUGAAGAGCAUGAGACCAAGGAGACAGUGGUGGAGAAUGUGGAGACAGAAACUGUCGUGACGAAGAGCUCCAAGAAGAACAAGAAGAAAAACAAAAAGAACAAGCAAAAAUCUGAAGAGGAGACGCAGUCGGUUUCCUUAGAUACGGAGCAGGUUGCUGAGCUGAUGACGCAGCUUGAGGCGGAGCGUGUGAAGGUGCAGGAGGCCAAUCAAACGGUCGAGAAGCUGCAGAAGUCGGUGGAGACGUUGGCGCAGGAGAAGAGCGAAGCUGUUGCCAAGUUGACGGCGGAGCUCGAGACCGAACGCUCUAAGGGUGAGCAGGCCAGUCAGAAGAGCCAGGAGAUGCAGAAACUGGAGCAGGACCUGCGUGAUGCACAGGAUAAACUGCAGCAGGAGGUUGCUACUAUUAAACAGGAGAAGGAUGAGGCUGUUGCUAAGCUGACGGAGGAGCUCGAGAAGGAGCGCUCCAAGGUGGAACAGGCCAGUCAGUCAAGCCAGGAGACUGAGUCCAAGCUGGAAAAGUCGGUCGCUGCUCUUACAAAGGAGAAGUCAGAGCUAGAGAGUAAGCUGCAGGCUGCAGAGGACGCCACUAAGGCUGCGCGUGACGAGUUGGAGGCCAAGAUUCAAGCCGCGGAUGCUGCUGCUAAGACCACGCGUGACGAACUGGAAGCGAAGCUUCAUGCUGCGGAAGGCAUGACCAAAUCGACUCGCGAGGAGCUUGAAAAGCUGCAGACUGAACUGUCAGAGAUUAAGGACGAGAAGGAGACGCGAGAGACUCACCUGGGCAAACUGUGGAAGAAUAUCGAGGAUCUUCAGCUGGCGAACAAGGAGCUCACGGAGAAGAACGCGUCGAUCGAGGCUGAUGCCAAGGCUAUGCGUGCUGAGGCCGAGAAGACUAUCGCUGAGCACUCGUCGUACGAGGACAAGACCGAGACGUUCACUGCUGAGAUCGAGGCUGCCAAAGCGGAGCUUGAGGCGUCCAAGACUGAGGUGGAGAAGCUGACGAGCGAAUUGAGCGCAUCCAAGUCGAGCUCUGACGAGCGUAUUCAGACACUGGAGAAGGAGCUGGAAGCUGCUAAGAAGAACGCACAGGAAGUCUCUGCUGAGCUGGAAUCUCUGCGUACGUCGAGUCAGGAGUCAGAGUCGAAGGUUGCGAGCUCAGACGAGCGUAUUCAGACGCUCGAGAAGGAACUUGGAUCAGCGAAGCAGAGCGUCCAAGCGGUGUCAUCUGAGCGGGAUGCACUGCGCUCGUCGAUUGAGGGGUCUGAGCGUACACACAAGGAGGAAAUCGAGAAACUCACGGCGCAGAUCUCUGAGCUACAGUCCACUGAAGGCCAGAGUAGCGAGCUGGCUGAGGAGCUCAAGAAGGCCCAGGAGGCUGCCAAGGCUGCCAUCGCCGACAAGGAGGAGGUCGGUCGUCAACUGCUCGAGAUGAAGGAUAAUGUGAUCCAGUUGAAGCUCGAAAGCGAGAAGGCUCUAAGUCAGGCAUCGGAGAACGGCGCGCAGCUGAAGAAGCUAUUGGUGGACUUGGAGGCUCGUACGGCUGAAGCGAAGCAGAUGAAGGCUCUGUACGACGAUCUGGUAUCGCAGCGUACGAACGCUGAAGACCAGCUGCAGGAUCUGCGUGGUUUAGCCGCUACGAACGAGGAAAUGCUUAAGAAGGCCCGUGCAUCUCUGCUUGAUGCGAACGAGGAGUUGAAGGAGGCUCGCGCUAACUCGUUGAAGUGGAAAAACUCGGCCCAAGCGGCCAAGACGCUGAUGAACGCCAAGAUCGCGGACGCUGAGAGUGCUAGCAAGCAGCUCAAGAAGGCGCGUGCCGAUGCGGCGUCAGCUAGUGCGGCUCGUUCCCAGCUAACUUCCAGCCUUGAGGCUAAGAAGAAGAAGGUGGCGAAGACCAAGCAGGAGCUUGCUACAGUCCGUGCUGAACUUGUCAAGGCUUUGGAGGCUAUGGAGACCGAGCGCACGCAGUCCAAACAGGCACAGGCCGCACAAGUUGCCAAGCUGCGUGAGAUCUCUGAGCAGACAGUGGCUCAGCUUAAUAGCCAGGUCCAGUCGUACCGCAUGAUGCUUGUGGUUCUUCUCCCGAUCCUCAUUGCUGUGGUCGUGUACGCGAUCUCGCAAUAAAUCAAGUAGUAGGUGGCAUUCUGGUAAAUGAAGGGGCAAGCACUUAUCUUUACCAAAAUGUUGUGAUUGAUAAUUAUUGUAAAAGACAGCAGCAACACAACGACAAGUUUGUAUGAUGGAAACACCAACUUGUUGCUUCCAACGAGUCGGAUGCAAAUGGUGAAGUACAGUGCAGGGUUCUUGAAGCGCAGCGAAAUGGCUACACUGCAGAAACGACACGGGAAGAUCGCGACAUAGUUUAUCCAAGUGUAACGUCGUGUAGUUGCCGGUCGGAAUAGAAAUUCUUUUUUUUCGUUGCCAGCGUCGGACCAAGCACUGACACCAACGAGGACAACAACCAGUUCCUAGUAGGAACCUCCUACACGUAUGCUAUACACCGAGGAUCUAAUUCAUAGAAUGCAUGUACCAGAGCGUGAAGGUUUCUGUCUUCGUGACGAAAACCCAUA